AUGUCUUUCGAAAUUUGCAUAGUACCCUUUUGGGGACAAGGCCAUCUUUUCCCCUGCAUCGAGUUAUGUAACCAUUUAACUAAAAGAAACAUCACCAUCACGCUCAUCAUCCCUUCCACCAUUAACACUUCUCUUCCCUCUUCCUUUCUUCAACACCCCCUCAUUCGAAUUACGCAAUUCCCGUCACCGCCUCCACUACCACCCCACGACGACCUAGCCCCGGAGCUCGAACACAUCCUUGCCCACAACCCCACCCGACCAGUUUGCGCCAUCAUUGACAUCAUGAUGACCUCCUGCUCCGCCCCCGUUUUCACCAAAUUCCAAAUCCCCACGGUCGCCUUCUUCACCUCUGCCGCCUGCUCUGCUGCCAUGGAACUCGCCACCUGGAAAGCCCGCCCUUUAAACCUCAAACCCGGCGAAACCCGUUUACUCCCCGGGUUGCCCGAAACCAUGACAAUUACGCAUUCGGACCUUAAACGACGACCUCACCAUCCUCCUCCUCCUCCUCCACCGGUGGCCGGUGCAGCGAGGCCUCAGUCCGGAGGAACCGGGUUUUCUCCGCCUCCUGGGAGGGAACUACCGCACCACGGCGGAGGAUUCGGAUUUCCUCCGCCGCCUGGGAAGGGACAACCUGAACUGGGGGGCACACCACCAUGGCUGGAGGAUGUUGGAGAAACCAUCGCGUUGAUCAUGAACACGUGUGACGAUCUAGAGCGUCAAUUUAUUAAAUACAUAACAGACCAUAUUAAAAAACCGGUGUGGGGCGUUGGACCGCUUUUGCCGGAGCAGUAUUGGAGCUCGAGCGGUUCACUUCUGCUGGACCGGGAGGUCCGGUCGAACCGUGGGUCCAGCGUGAGCGAAGAAGAAGUGAGGCAAUGGUUAGAUUCAAAACCACGUGGAUCGGUUCUGUAUGUGUCGUUUGGUACGGAGGUGGGUCCCAGCUCGGAGGAGAACGAAGAACUAAGAGAAGCACUGGUGUCAUGUGAACAGCCAUUUAUAUGGGUGAUUCAAGCCGGUUCAGGGAUAGAGGGUGGCGAAGAAAGGUAUUUUGGGAACAGGGGUUUGAUAAUACGUGGAUGGGCCCCACAGUUGUUGAUACUGAGUCACAGUUCAACGGGUGGGUUUUUGUCGCAUUGUGGAUGGAACUCAACGGUGGAGGGUGUUGGACGUGGGGUUCCGUUCUUGGCGUGGCCCAUUAGGGGUGACCAAUGCCAUGAUGCCAAGUUGGUGGUGUCCCAUCUUAAGGUGGGUUACAUGGUGAGUGAUGAUAUGUCAGAGAAGAUAACCAAACAAGACAUUGUCGUGGGAAUAAAGAAGUUGAUGGGCGAUAAAGAAAUGAAAAAAAGGGCUGAGAUUCUAAGUGCCAACUUUCACCAUGGCUUUCCUACAACUUCAGAGGAGGCUUUAGAUGAUUUAGUGGGUUAUAUUAAGCAGAGAGUUGUCUAG